AUGAUGGCAUACCUUGCUAGCUUUCUAACCGACCGAACCUUCAAAGUAGCAGUUGGGGAUCGCUUCUCCAGUGAGAAAAUUGCCGAAAACGGAGUUCCCCAAGGUGCAAUCCUAUCGGUCACUCUUUUCCUGGUGGCAAUGAAUUCGAUUUUCGAUUUCAUCCCUGAUGGAGUGAAGGUUAUCCUCUAUGCGGAUGACAUACUUCUAAUAUCAUCAGGCUUAGUGCAAAGAUCCAGGAAUCGAUUGCAGAGCGCAGUCAAGAGUGUAUCGAUGUGGGCAGACGAAGUUGGGUUCACGAUUUCUAGUGAGAAAUCAAGUAUUUUGUCAAUAAGACAACGGGCCAGGGGUGCACAAAGAGCUCCUAUCUUUAUGAAUGGGAAAGCUAUCUCAGAGGGAUUCAACUCUACACUCCUCGGAGUCACGAUUGAUAGAAACUUGAAUUUCAAACUAAAUGCAAAACUGGUCAAGAAAAAGAUCGCGGAUCACCUGAACGUUCUAAAAGCGAUUAAAGGAAGGCUGAAAGGCAGCCCACGGGACUCCCUUUUGAAUAUUUUCAAAAGCUGGAUAAUCCCACGACUAGUGUACGGUAUCAUCCUCGCUAGUAAAGCGGAUAAAUAUUUUAAAAUGUUAGAAUCAGCCUCUAACAGCGAAAUUCGCAUAAUCACGGGUGCGUUUUAUAGUAGUCCUAGUAAGAGUCUACUUGCUGAGAUAGGGGAACCACCUUUCGAGAUGGUAUGUGUGCAGAGGAUGAUCCAUGCACUAGUCAGAGCCUGGGAUGCCGUUCCUCCCACCAUCAGCUGGAGGGUAAAACGGUUCGUUAGGGCUAGGGAUAACCCCCAGAAGGUGCAAGCGGGGGUGAACGAGGCCCUACGUACUGACUUUGCUAACAAACGCAUUGUCUAUACUAACGGGUCCGUCACUGAUGACGCAUCAGCCAUUGGGAUACUCGACUGUAAUGCUAAGACUAGCAUGAGAGUCCCCAAUGAGUUUAGCAUCUUCUCGUGUGAAGCUCUCGCCAUUAAGUUGGAAUUAGAGAGCGUCACCAAUGCUGAUAGCGUCGUUGUUUGUUCGGAUUCGGCGAGCGUCCUCAAAGCUGUAGAGGGUGGUACUAUCAAACACCCCAUCAUUCAAGAAAUUGAAGAGCAUCUGAGAGGAAGUAGUGCGAUCCUAUGUUGGAUUCCGGGUCACACCGGGAUCCCGGGGAACGAGGAAGCCGAUCGGCUUGCUAACGAAGGGCGGAGAGGCUCCAUUACCAGUAUGGGUAUACCUGGUAAGGACCUCAUUAGAAGGGCGAACAAUUCCAUUCUGCUCACUUGGGAGGCUGAAUUGAAUCGUGAAAGGGACCUGCAGUUUCGUAGAAUUAAAGCAUCAACCGGCAAAUGGAGGGACCGAGCCAACACGUGUGAACAGCGAAUUCUCUCGCGUCUUCGCAUCGUGCAUACGUGGUUGACUCAUAACUUUCUAGCAAAGAAAAAAGAGCCCCCUACCUGUUGCGGCACCCACCUGACGGUGGGGCAUAUUCUAACGGAAUGCAUGCGAACUGCGGACCUUCGUAGGAGGUACGGCUUAACCGGUGGCCUAGAUGUCGUUUUGCAGAACGACACACGGAAAGAAAGAGAUACUCUGGAUUUCCUUAAAGAGGCUAACCUGAUUCAGUUUAUUUGA